UAAAACGGAUGAUUUAUACAGUAUGCAUAUAUUUAAUAAAAUCAAAAAAUAACAAGUCUCGGAUUGCUCUAGGCAACUCUUCCUCUGCAACCCACAGCGUGCCGGCUUUUGUUGAUAUUUGGUAGACAGACCCAAAGGCUCCAAACUUGAGAGCACAUCUUAUGGAACAGAGAAAUUCCUGGAGAAAUCUUGAUAGAGAGUUGUUCCGGUAGGCUGCAGGCCACUGUCCUAAUGUGUUCCUGAUGUCGCUUGUUGACUGAUAUGAGAAUCAGAUAUAUCAAUCAGCUUGUGAUAUUUCAACUCUCUCUCUCUCUUUUGAAGGAAAAAAUAUUUCAGCUUUCUUCUCAUUCAUGUUCUGCAUUUCCUCAUUGGACUUCCUUGUUCUCUCUCAUUUGAUUCAUUCUUUUUUUUUUCCCCCAAGGGAUUGUCACAUUCCAAACUUCGACUGAGAAAAUAAUGGAUAAAUGUGUUAGCUGAAGCGGAUGCCUUGGAGUAGAAAUUAACCUUUUCUUCAGAGGAAGACAGCGACUUCCCGGGGACUUGUUGGAAAGUAGCUGGCAGUAGAAUGAAUUAUUUAUAUGGAGCUCCUGAAAGGUAGUUCCCAUCUCCAUUUUGUUUCUCUGUUUUUUGUGAGUUUCACUGCAAGUAAAGCUAAGAUAAGAGAUCAGUUCAGGCAGAAGAAAAAGGUCAGAAAAUAUAGUUCUCGCUGCAGCUCAUAUCUAUUCUCUUGUUUCUUUAUUUGUUCCUUUCAACGGUCCAAAUUUCUAUGCUUUGGAUUUCACUUAUACUUCUGUUCAAGUUCCUGCACUAGUUACGUUGCUCAGAAGAAUCAUAGAUAAUAAAAGAAGGAAGAAAGCAGCAACAAUAUACUAUAAAAUAGUGAAAUAGCGGAUUAUCUGAUUGAUGAGGGAAGGUGGAAAAUUUUGAGCUACACAUGGCCUGAUUCUGUGAAUGUUUGUUAUUUCUUCCAGAUUAUCGAGUAUCGGUUUAUAGAAUAUUGAAGUCGUUUAAUCAUGGAUGAGUCUUGUGAAGGGAAAAAACGAAGUAAAUCCAUCCGAAGUCUGUCAAAAUCCAUACAAUCACUUGUGGGAUUCAACAAAAAUCUGACUCCCGGUUGGGUCGAAUCAGUUUCUCGGAUAAUAAAGGACUUGUCAUCCGCCAAACCAGCCGGUGAUUCGCGUAAAAAAGGCCUGGCUUUGGAUAGGGUGGAAAAUAUUGGUCGCAGUGAUGCAGAAACAGAUGCUUCUGUUUUGAAGAUUAGAGAUGAGCUUGCUUCUCUUAAUGCCCAACUAAAGCAAUUAAACUUAGAGAAGAGACAGGCGCUGAAUGAUUUUUUGGAUUUAAAAGGGAAUAUCCGUGUCUUCUGCCGUAUAAGGCCAUUUCUUCCUACAGAAAAUUGUGGUUAUGAGAGAUCGGUGCUAACUUCGGAUCCAAGUAAUGUUUUCUUAAGAAUUGCAGAGAGUAAGAGUAAACAAUACAAUUUCGACAAGGUUUUCCAUCAACAAUCUACACAAGAAGGAGUGUUUUCUGAAAUUGAACCAGUGAUCAAAUCUGCCCUGGAUGGGUAUAAUGUUUGCAUCUUUGCUUACGGCCAGACAGGCACCGGUAAAACUUAUACCAUGGAGGGCACGCCAGAUAAUGCAGGUGUCGUGCAACGUGGAAUUGAGAAACUAUUUCAACAAGCAUCAGAAAGCAACUUUAGAUUCCAGUUCACUUUCAGUAUGCUUGAGAUUUAUAUGGGCAAUCUAAGAGAUUUGCUUGUUCCCAAAAGCAAAAGGCUGAGGCUUCAUAAAGCACCAAGACUUUCGAUCCAAAUGAACCCAAAUGGUGGCAUCGAGAUUGAGAACCUAGUAGCCAUCAAAGUGAGUAACUAUGAGCAAGUAGAAAGAUUAUAUGAACUGGGAAGUCGGUUUAGAUCAACAGCUUCUACCCUGGCUAAUUCCACAUCAAGCAGAUCUCACUGCCUGAUACGCAUGACAUUGACUUCACUUGGUGUACCUGAGAGACGAAGGGAAACAAAUAAGAUUUGGAUGGUUGAUCUAGGCGGAAGUGAACGCUUGUUAAAGACAAAAGCAAGUGGAAGAAGACUCGAAGAGGGAAAGGCCAUCAAUCUAUCCCUGUCAGCCCUUGGAGAUGUCAUCAGUGCACUCCAAAGUAAAAAACCUCAUGUGCCUUACAGGAAUAGCAAGCUUACACAAGUACUUAGAGAUUCCCUUGGGUCUGACUCGAAAACUUUGAUGCUUGUUCAUGUCAGUCCCAAAGAAGAAGAUUUGUGUGAAACUAUUUGUUCCUUAGGUUUUGCUACAAGGGUGAGAAGUAUCUGCCUGGAAAGUGAAGAGCCAACAGAAGAGAGAGCUAAGAAAGAAAUUGCAAUGUCUGAACUGUUACAAAAGGUGAAACAAUUAGAGAAUGAACGUCAGCAAGUCAGAAGAGAUAUGGAGAGUCUCAAUGAGAAACUGAGACUUUUGACAAGAUAUGAAUCACUGGAUAAUUGCCACUUGCAAUUUUCGUACUUAUCCACUGAAGAGAUGCAGUCUAAUGGGGAAAUAAAUGCGCAGAAUGUCACAGAUUUUUCAGGAACUUCAGCUAGCCUGCCUAGAUAUAUGAGGCCAACCGUUUCCAGUCAAAAAAAGAUUGAUUUAGAUCACCAGAAUUUUUUAAGUACUAGGAAGAAACCACCAGUUCCCCCAAAGAGGAGGCCAGCCUCUGUUUAUGCUGAAUCUGUAACUUCCCGAGCAAAGGAUGUUGCUUGGCAGUCUGAAUGUGGCUCAGAACAUAGUAUAUCCACAACUAGCUAUAUGAACUGGAGAAAUAAUACAGACGAUGGAACAGAAUGCAGUCAGGGUGCCUCAGAUUAUGAAAUCAAAAAGGUAAUUUUCCCUGAACAGGAGAAGUCCCCAAGAAGUUUGGUGACUUCUCUUUCCCAGGGAAGUGUCAGUGAGUCGGAAAGUCUUCAGGCCAAAAAGAUUGACCAGAAGAAGCACUUAGUCAUCGACAGUUGGCUUCAUCUACAAAUGAAAGAGCAAAUAAGUGCACAUACUCAUCAGGGUGAAAGAGUCCUUGCUAAUCCAAUUGAGAAAAGAAGUGACAGAUACAAUAAACGGAACCCUGGAAGGAAGAAUGACCAGGCAGAAAUGCUAGGUGGUGUUAAUACCAGAAAACAAACAGUCAGCAAAAAGCAUGUGAAUGAAUUUGCAAAGGAUCUUAACUUCUAUGAUACGACAGAGCAAUUUGGUGAAGCUAUGCCUACUGAAAAGUCUCUGAAGAACAUGGCAAUGGAUGGAAGAGACAGUUUUCUGGCUGAUUCGUUAUUUGACAUGACACAGACCAAGUACCAUAACAACAAAGAUUAUGAUCAAAUAGCUGAAAAAUUAAAACUAAACCCAGAACAUCAGGAAGAAUUUACUGAAAACACCGCUGAAGUUGAGGUCGAUAAUGAAUCUUCUGUAACACAAGCACAAACUCCUGUAUCCAAAGAAAACACAAUAUCAGUGGAAAGCUACACUCAAGAUCUUUGUGGGUCUCAACAAAAGAUGGAAGAUGCUGGGGAACCAUGCUUAUACUUUAGAAGAGCAAGAAGAUCAUUAUUUACAACCAAUGAUCUUCCGACAAUUGAUCAUAAGAAUGCAGCAAUGGAAAACCCAGCGGUAAAUGUUACCAGCUUCAAAGAGGAAGAAGGCCACACAGGUAACACAGGAAUACAUCAACAAUUUCAACAGACUCUUCAGAUGUUAUGGGCAAGUGCUCUUCUAGGGCUGGGAAUUCACAGUCUAGGAUAUGGGCAUGAUUUUUUUCAUGGUUUAAUGUUUUAAAGAAUUUUUCAUGGUUGCAUUUAUUUUUGUCUUUCCCAACCAGGUGGUUAGGACCAAAACUGAGCCUUCAGACUUGCAACAUUGUAGAGGUAACAAGGUGCAGCUCAUCAAAUACCACCCAUCAUAAUUUCCAAAUACAAAACUAUGCUUUUUCUCAAAAAUGUCAAGUCCAAUACAAAUGUUAAAAUUAUGCUUCAA